UGUUUACAACUGGCAGGAUUUCCAUGCGUGAAUUUACAACCGCACAGAGCGUUGCAUCAGCACGAGAUUGGAAGUGCGUCAAAUCUGUACAGCAUUGUUACGUCAUCACUGAUAAACGUUGAAACUGAUGAGAAACCGCGGGACCAGUUCAGUGAUUCUCGCUAGUGCUGGAGGAGCGUUCAUUUUGGCAAGGAAAUGUACUGAUUUUGCAAGGACAUGGAGAAUAAAGAGUUCAAGGAGUCAGAGGUCAGUGGGAAUGACCUCACCCUCAUAGACCUGGAUGACCCCAUCAAUGACGGUGAUGUUAUGAAGGAAGACAGAUCUGAUAAAGAUCACAGAGAGGUUGAGAGACAGACCACGUUGGAAGAGGCUGUUCUAGAGACAGAUAUCCAAACUCUGUCACUAGAGGCUGAAGGAGAGAUUGAGAUGCAGGAGGCUGAUCUGAAGACAGAUGGCACGUCUCAGUCACAGAAGGUUGAAGGAGAGAUUGAGUUGGACGAUGCUGUUGCCAUCCCACCUCAGUCACAGGAGGUUGAAGGAGAGAGUGAGUUGGACGAUGCUGUUGCCAUCCCACCUCAGUCACAGGAGGUUGAAGGAGAGAGUGAGUUGGACGAUGCUGUUGCCAUCCCACCUCAGUCACAGGAGGUUGAAGGAGAGAGUGAGUUGGACGAUGCUGUUGCCAUCCCACCUCAGUCACAGGAGGUUGAAGGAGAGAGUGAGUUGGACGAUGCUGUUGCCAUCCCACCUCAGUCACAGGAGGUUGAAGGAGAGAGUGAGUUGGACGAUGCUGUUGCCAUCCCACCUCAGUCACAGGAGGUUGAAGGAGAGAGUGAGUUGGACGAUGCUGUUGCCAUCCCAUCUCAGUCACAGGAGGAGGCCAAAGGUGAGAGUGAGUUGAAUCAGGUUGAUCUGAAGACAGCCACAUCAACUCUGACACUGGAGGUCGAAGGAGAGAGUGUGAUGCAGGAGAGUGAUGAUCUACAAACAGCCGGGACAUCUCAAUCCCAAGAGACUGAACGAGUGGCAAAGGCUGCAGCCUCCCAGACCAGCCUCACCCUUAGCAGGGGAAAGAGAAGCUGCCCAGACCUACACACCUUUGUGCAGGACAUGAAGGAUGGCCAUUGGAAUCUGCUGAGUGAGAAUAUGCGCGCCGGGAUGAGCAGACAUGAGUUUAGUGCCAGGUGCAUGGAUAUCACAAAUUGGGUAAUGGAGUCUACAUCCACUGUGGCCAUUCCCGCCCUUGACCUCACCAUGCAGAUAGAGCUCUCUGAUUCGUCAAGCUCUUCUGGAUCAGGAAGUAAUGAGGCAAGAGAAGUGACUUCUCUUGGCCGCAGCGUCAGAUUCAGCUUUAGUGGAGGACCCAGUAGGCGCACCAGUUCUAGAACCGCUUGCAGCACACGAACUCCCACCCCUUUCCCCUCCUCUCACGGGUACUUACCCCUAUCAUCUUCUCUCAUAGGUACCUAACCCUAUCCCCUCCUCUCACAAGUACCUACCCCUAUUCCCUCCUCUCACAGGUACCUACCCCUAUCCCCUCCUCUCAUAGGUACUUACCCCUAUCCCCUCCUCUCAUAGGUACUUACCCCUAUCCCCUCCUCUCAUAGGUACUUACCCCUAUCCCCUCCUCUCACAAGUACCUACCCCUAUUCCC